AUGCUCAUAAAGCUCGACGACCUCUCCUCCCCAGAAAUCCACUCCCUUCUAUCCCUCCAUAUCACAGACCUCCAAAGCAAAACCCCCUCCGAAUCUUGCUACGUCCUCGACCUCACAGCCCUCAAACACCCCUCCAUCUCCAUCUACUCAACCUGGGAAGGCAAUGAAUUACUAGGGUGCGGCGCACUCAAAGAUCUCUCGCCAACUACCGGCGAAAUCAAAUCCAUGAAUACGGCCACGGCACAUCUUCGCAGGGGUGUUGGGCGGGCUAUCGUUCAACAUAUUAUUGAUGAGGCGAAGAGCAGGGGAUAUGUUUCUCUGUAUUUGGAGACGGGGACUGGUGAGGAGUUUAGAAGGGCGAGGGAGCUUUAUGGGGGAUUUGGGUUUGGGGACUGUGAGGCUUUUGGGGGGUAUGUUGCUGGUGGUGAUAAUUGUUUUAGGACGUUGGUCUUGGUUUGA